GUUCCGGAGGGCGCGCUUCGAUGCUGCGAUCAUGGAGGGAGCCGGAGCUGGAGCCGGCUUCCGGAAGGAGCUGGUGAGCAGGCUGCUGCACCUGCACUUUAAGGAUGACAAGACCAAAGUGAGCGGGGACGCGCUGCAGCUCAUGGCGGAGUUGCUGAAGAUCUUUGUUGUGGGUGAGUCCGGGGCCCACGCUCCUUCCGGGCACCGCGUCCCGGAUUCCUUUUGUGUUUUCACAGCGGGAAAACCAAGAUGUGUUUUCCCCAGUUUCCCACAAGGUCCUAAACUUGGGUCUCCUGAGCCUGUUUGUCAGAAGCAGCAGUCCGCGGGGUGCGGCAGGCCCAGGCAGAAGACACGCUCCGUGUGGAUGUGGACCAGCUGGAGAAGGUGCUCCCGCAGCUGCUCCUGGACUUCUAGGGAUCUCAGCCGUGGCUGAGGCCACCCCCAGAGCAGCCCGUGGUCCACAGAAACAGGCCUUGUGUUUCCAGCGGUCUCUGAUAACAGGCGGGGAAGGACCUGAGGGGUUGAGUUGAUUCAAACAAGAUCCCCAGGUGUCUCCAGCCUGUGCAGAAGGGGCAGGACUGCAAUGCAUUGCUGCCCUCGGAGUGUCCAGUGGGGACACUGGUGUGGGAAGGGGCAGCACCUGGGGAGUCCCUGCCUCUCCUCCCUGGGGCAACAGUGUGCGUACCACCCAGGGUCCUACAGGCAGGUGCUGGGAAAGGCCCGGCCACCAGGUAGCCUGUGUGUUUGACAAACAGCGGCUGGCAGCACCGCCUCCUGCCCACAUUCCUGCCACCCGACAUCAAAGCUGGCGUGUGACCUUUCCAGCCAUGCGAUAUUCCCCUUGGAAGAUGCUUCCCCCGGCUAUAAAUUUGUUCUCACAAAGCAACAUCAAUAAAUCAAAACUGUCUCUCCCA